CUCCCCGGCUUGGGCUGGAGCAGGAGCCGGAGCUGCUUUAUUAUCAGCUGGAGGGAGGAGGAGACGGUGCGUAAAGCAGCGAGCGCGGCGCUCCGAGCCCCGCUGCCGCUGCCGCGGGCUGCGCCUCCCUUCCCGGCCGCCCGCCCUCCCUCCGGCGGGCAGCGGCCGCUCGGGCCCCCGCAGGUAGGAGCGCAGCCUCCGCCACCUGCCCCCGCGGCUCCGCGCGUUUUGCAGCAUCAUCGGGAGCCGCCGCGGGGGCAGGAGGCGCCGCUGCCCGCCCGCCCGCCGGGCCGGGGGCAGGUGCCGCGCCGCGCCGGGGCCCCGCUCGCCCCUCUCCGCCCCGGUCCCGCCGGCUCUGGCUCCGGCUCCCGCCGCGCCGCGGAGCACCCGUGGCGGGCAGCGCCGCGGGGCGUCGGUGGCUGCGGCUGCGGCGCGCCCAUGUGAGCCCCGACUGCGGGGUGCCCGCCCGCGGCGCGGAAGGCUGCGCACCCUCCGGGCGUGCGCCCCGCCGGCAGCGGCCGGAGCAGGCGGAGGCCGUCGGGACAGCGCUGGAGUGAGCGGGGCCGGCAUGGUGUCCGGGCGGCGGAGGCCGGGGCUCGGCCUGGCGCGGCUGUGGGGCUUGUGCUGCCUGGCGCUGGGCUGCUGGCGGGGCGCGCUGGGCUGCCCCGCGUCCUGCCGCUGCAGCUCCUGGCGGAUCUGGUGCGCGGACCCGGCGUCGGACAUCUCCUCCUUCCCCGUGCCGCAGCGGAGCGCCGAGGGCGACAAUGUCACCGAGAUUUACAUCGCAAACCAGCGAAAUUUAGAAAGUAUCAAUGACAAUGAAGUUGGAUUUUAUGUUGGACUUAAAAAUCUGACCGUGGUGGAUUCAGGCUUAAGAUUUGUGUCCCGUCAGGCAUUUGUGAAAAACGUCAACCUACAGUACAUCAAUUUAUCCAGAAACAAACUCUCAAGUUUGUCCAAGAAGCCUUUUCGCCAUCUGGGUUUGUCUGAUCUGAUACUGGUGGACAAUCCGUUUAAGUGUUCCUGUGAAAUUAUGUGGAUCAAGAAAUUCCAAGAGACCAAGUUUUACACAGAAACUCAGGAUUUAUAUUGCACAGAUGACAACAACAAGAGGACAACCUUGCUGGAUAUGAAGGUCCCAAACUGCGAUUUGCCCUCAGCAAACUUAAGCAAUUACAACAUCACCGUGGUGGAAGGAAAGAGCAUCACAUUGUACUGCGAUACUACUGGAAGGCCUCCCCCUAAUGUGUCCUGGGUGCUCACUAAUCUUGUUUCAAACCAUGAGAGUGACACAAGUAAGAACCCAGCUUCACUAACCAUAAAGAACGUUUCGUCCAUGGACAGUGGACUGUGGAUUUCCUGUGUAGCAGAGAACAUUGUGGGAGAGGACCAAGCCUCUGCUGAGCUCACGGUAUUCUUUGCACCAAAUAUCACUUUUAUUGAAUCUCCAACCCCGGACCACCACUGGUGUAUUCCAUUCACUGUGAAAGGGAACCCUAAGCCCACAUUGCAGUGGUUCUAUGAAGGGGCUAUACUGAAUGAGUCUGAAUACAUCUGUACUAAAAUACAUGUUAUCAAUCAAAGUGAAUACCACGGCUGCCUUCAGCUGGACAAUCCUACCCACCUGAAUAAUGGUGCUUAUACCUUACUGGCUAAGAAUGAGUAUGGAGAGGAUGAAAAACGGGUUGAUGCUCAUUUCAUGUCAGUGCCUGGAGAUGGUAGUGGCCCAAUUGUGGAUCCAGAUGUUUAUGAGUAUGAAACCACGCCUAAUGAUCUUGGAGACACCACAAAUAACAGUAAUCAAAUCACUUCUACAGAUGUUUCCAACAAAGAGAAUGAAGAUAGCAUCACUGUGUAUGUUGUGGUGGGAAUUGCAGCACUGGUGUGCACUGGCUUAGUAAUAAUGCUCAUUAUCCUGAAGUUUGGAAGGCACUCUAAGUUUGGGAUGAAAGGUCCUUCUUCAGUUAUCAGCAAUGAUGAUGAUUCAGCCAGUCCGCUCCACCACAUCUCAAAUGGCAGUAAUACUCCAUCUUCUUCUGAGGGCGGUCCUGACGCAGUUAUCAUUGGGAUGACAAAGAUUCCCGUCAUCGAAAAUCCCCAGUAUUUUGGAAUUACCAACAGUCAGCUCAAGCCGGACACCUUUGUGCAGCACAUCAAGCGCCACAAUAUUGUUCUCAAGAGAGAAUUGGGAGAAGGUGCCUUUGGGAAAGUCUUUCUGGCGGAAUGCUAUAACCUCUGUCCCGAGCAGGACAAGAUCUUGGUGGCAGUGAAGACACUGAAGGAUGCCAGUGACAAUGCCCGCAAGGAUUUCCACCGCGAGGCAGAGCUGCUAACUAACCUACAACAUGAGCACAUCGUCAAGUUCUACGGCGUCUGUGUUGAGGGUGAUCCACUCAUCAUGGUCUUUGAAUAUAUGAAGCAUGGAGAUCUUAACAAAUUCCUCAGGGCACAUGGACCAGAUGCAGUACUGAUGGCAGAAGGCAACCGUCCUGCUGAGCUGACCCAAUCCCAGAUGCUUCACAUUGCCCAGCAGAUUGCAGCUGGUAUGGUUUACCUGGCAUCACAGCACUUCGUGCAUCGGGAUCUUGCUACCCGGAAUUGUCUGGUUGGUGAGAACCUGCUGGUGAAGAUUGGGGAUUUUGGGAUGUCUAGAGAUGUGUACAGCACAGACUACUAUAGGGUUGGGGGUCACACCAUGCUGCCCAUUCGUUGGAUGCCUCCAGAGAGUAUCAUGUACAGGAAGUUCACCACAGAAAGCGAUGUCUGGAGCCUGGGGGUUGUGUUAUGGGAAAUCUUUACCUACGGCAAACAGCCAUGGUAUCAGCUCUCAAACAAUGAGGUGAUUGAGUGCAUCACUCAGGGCCGAGUCCUGCAGCGACCUCGCACAUGCCCGAAGGAAGUGUAUGACUUGAUGCUGGGCUGUUGGCAACGGGAACCUCACAUGAGGCUCAACAUCAAAGAAAUCCAUUCCCUUCUCCAGAACUUGGCCAAGGCAUCUCCAGUCUACUUGGAUAUUUUAGGCUAAAGUCUCCUAGCAUUUCUUCUUGUGGGCUGUGGGGAUGAAUGUGUUCAACGGCCGCUGAACUCCAUUAAAAUGUGUUCUUAACUUUGACAGUAUUAAUGACAAAGUUGCGGAGAAGCUUUCAAAGGGCAAGCAAUGUGCACUUCUCCAUCUGUAGACACAGUAUUGACUUUUUAGACAUUACUGAGAUGUAUCUGCUUUCUCUCUCUCACUCUAUCUCUCUUUCUGUUUCUAUUUUUUUUUUUCUUUUCUCCUGUCUUUCUUAUCAAUUUGGCUUCUGCAUUAUUGUAACUCUGCAUAGACAAAGGCCUUAAAUACCCGAUCUGUUAUAUCAGCAGACUCUUCAGUUUGCCCACCACAACUAACAAUGCCUUGUUGUAUUCAUGCCUUUGAUGUGGAUGAAAAAAAGGGAAAAAAUAUAUUUGACUCGAACUUUGUGAUUUCUGCUGUACAGCUACUGGGAGUUUCUAUGGAUUCACCUCAAUAUUUUUUGCUUCAGCAUGUGGGUGGAAAAAGAAGACUGGUGUUCUCUACAUGAAGCAUGUUCCUUGCGGAGAUAAAGCCAGAUGGAAAGAAGACAGUGUUGUGUGAUACACUAUCUGGAGGAACUAGGGGAUCAGAUGGCAUCCAACCCCACAAAAAAACACUGAAACGAUUUGAUCGAAGGCAAGAGGGGAUUUAGCACUUUCCCUGAAGAGUCUUUCUGAGGACUAAAGGGAUUGUUCAAGGAGGUGCUUUGCCAGCACUUUUUAUUGCCAGACACAAGUGAAAGGGGAAAAGAUGCUGCUUUUACUGCACACAAUUACUUUACAACAUGAUAAACUAAACACAUGCCCUGAUUUUGUCUUCUGGUAGGAUACUGUCAUGCCACUGGUAUAAAAAUGUUCUCCAGCUAGUCUUUUUAAUAAAGGCUGAAGCUAGGCUUACUAAUGUACGGUAUUAAUUUCAGGUUCACAUGUUGAAAUUAAGGAUUUUGAUAAGAUAGGGCAAGCUAUAGGUGCUGAGACAGGUGUAUCAUAUACUGUGCUUGUCCAGCAGUAUAUUCCUUCCUUCCUCAAUCCUUUUUUUUUUUUCCUGAACCAUGCAAGCAAAACUGUGCAUAGUCGAUUAAUGCCCUUUGUGCAGAAACUAUCACUCAUCUUGUAGUACACCCUGGUAGGCAUAGCGAACUCAUAACAAUGUAACUUUUAUUUCAUUAGAAGGGGCUAAUGGAGGACAUUAGCCAUGUUAAAAUGCCUUUACAAUGUUACAGAUACAAUAGGCUGAUAUAACAUCAAUAAUCUAAAGCACGGAGAUCACUAGUUAUGUUUGAGCCAUGGCAGGGGAUAGAGAUCUCUAGAGAAAACAAAUUACUCUGAGGUUAUGGCUUACUAUUCAGAGUGCAAAGACCCUGAGCUCAGCACCAUGUUUGUAUUGGUACUAGUGCUGUCAUUACCACCAUCCACUCUUUCUUAAAUGACUCAUUUUUGGUUUGAUUGGCAUUGUAUGUGUACAACAUUUGCAUGGCCACUGUGUUGAUGACAGUUGCAUGGGCAUACCUGUUAUUUUUCGAACUGGAAGUUGAUGAUUUCAAAUUUAGAGUUAGGAUUAUUUUUAAUAUGAAUUCUUACAAUGAAAACCUACCUUACCUAUUCUAUUCCUCAAGACUUUUGCCUCCCUCUGUGAGGGGGCGUUACUGCAAAAAAGUGAUCUUUCUUUCUGUUUUCUCUUUUUGUUAUUUCUUAUUGAUAUGAGCCAGAUCAAAAUAAUCCUUCAUCUUUGUGUUGGGGAUAUUUUAUUUAAUAAAUUAAGCGUUUUAUUUUUGUAAGUGUUCCCAUAGCACAUUUAACAUAUAAUUUGCUGGCAUAUAUUAUUUAUUGAGGCACUUUAAGUUUUUCCUUCAGAAGCUUUUAGAGCUAGCUUAUAAAGAUUCUGAAUAUUUUCAAAAGAAAACAGUUCACUGGACACUGAUGAAGUUUUACCCUUCUCAAUGUCAUUGAAAAGGCAGCAUUACAAAUAAACAUGACAGUGUAACUAUAAAGCCAUACUCAGUAUUUCUUUAAUAAACUAGAUGUUAUUUCUUAACCGCUACUGAACUGGGAACACACAAAAAGCCAGAGGAAGAUUCCUACAAAAUAGGCCUUAAGAUUUUAUCUAGACUGUCUUGGAAGUUCACACAGAAAGCUAGAUAAAGACUGAGCAUCCAGUGAAACCCAUUCUCUUGAGAACCUGAAUGUUGUGUUUUAAAGGAAUUUGAAAUUGAUUUUUGAAACAACAGUGGUGGAAAAGAAAGGUGUCAGAGUCCGCUCUUACUGUGCAAUGGGAGGAGGCUGCAGGUGAUGGAGGGGGGUGCUGAGUUUCUGCCUGCUGUAUUCUGUUGUAGUUUCUUAUGAGCUGAAGAAAAAGGCAUCUGAGAUGCUUCUUCUACUGGAAAGCAGGCUCCAGCCUGAAAGCAAACAGGUGGGUUUUGUAAGCACUGAAAGAAUGUAUACCAAAAAAAAAACCACAAAACCCUGAAAAUGCGCUUAGUGGCAUCUUCUUUUUGAUUUACUAGUGAGACUAUUAGAGUCAUUUCAGAGAAUAAAUAGUGUUACAAUGCAUUGUGCAAUAACAUAGCAGUAUGUUAAACUUCUAAAGGACCAAAUGUUCUACAGAGCCACCGGUAUGGAUAACCUUGACCUAUAUCAUUAAUGUUCUUGAUAGUGCAUAAAAUGUGUAAUCACAGUAGACAAGCUAUAAACUGUAACUAUACAUAGUUUGUGUUUGUUUAUUAAAAGGCGGCUAAGUGUAGCAGAAUGAUCAGAGAAGAGGAAGAAAUAUGUUCAAAUCACAGUGAAGGGUGAGUAUAUGUGCAUAUUCAUCAUGCUUGCACUGUCAGCUAGGUCGUGUACACUGAGUAAAUAUGACAAUCAGGCUCAUUUAAAAAGUUUAUGGACUGUGAAGCUAUGAACUGAUCAGAUAUAUAAUAUAUAUUAUAUAUGUGUGUUUGCAUAUGGCAUAUAUACACACACAGAGCAUAUACAUGUAUGCCUAUGUUGUAUUUUAUUUAUAUAUGUGCAGACAUGCAUGCACAUUAUGUAUGGGCUGUGUGUAUAUGUAUAAAUUUACAUACACCUACAUUAUUACAAAUUAUGAUUAGAGUGCUACUAAUAAAUUGAUAAAGUCUGCUGAG